AUGGCACUCAUCGAGGAUCCGGAACUCUCAGCAGUUCAGUCCAAACUGAGCAUCAUCUCCGAGUACAUCGUCAAGCUUGGAGGAUCCGCCGGUCUGGUCCUGUUCAUCGUCCUCUUCAUCCGGUUCCUUGUGCGGCUGCCCCGUCUCGGUAGCGACGUCAGCAGGCAUGACAAGGGUCAACAGUUCCGCCAAUAUUCAUCAAAGUUGUCGGAGGGGCAGUCGUCAUUGGAGAUGUCAUGCGGUGGUGUCGAUGUGGUGGCAAGGCAAAGACGGGCAACUCUUUCGGCGACAUGGACAGUUGGCAGAAGCGUGGCUCAUUCCCCCGAUGCGUCAAAGGGUGUGGCGUGUGCUACCCCAUUCUUGCAUUCUGAUGUGGCUCAUGACGGGCCCUCAGAGAGCAAAAGUAGGUGCGAGGCGAGAGAUAGGUUUGUUCCUGUGGUGCCGUGGUAUUCCAGGAUCCUACGGAAGCUUGGAGGGUGCACUCCCACGCAUGCCAAUGUCGACCAAAUCGAAAGAUCGGCCCAACAUGCCAAACACCUUACCGGUUGGGAUGCACCGCGCAACGGGUGGUGCCCUCCGGAUAGAGUCCCGAAUGGAAGGUCGGCACGAGGGAUGAAGUCAUCGCUGCGGCCGCUGCACCUGUUACUCCCCCUCGUUGUGAUCGCCCACGAUCCUGCAAGGUACAACACAGAACAGGACGUCCCACGUCCGACGAGUGCGCGGAUGGACGGUCUCGUGGGCAGGAGGCACAUGCGACGUGGGCGAUCAUCAAGGGGGCAGAAGCGCCGAUUAUUCGAUCAAGGCGACCUCGCCAACACAGCAGCCAUGUCAGGAUUGCUGAAAGGGUGUGGAUUUUUUGAUCAUGAGUUAAGGGUGCCAGAUGGGCCAUCACGAUCUGAGGAACCUCGUCUCCGCUUAGACACCCAAGGUGACUACGCACAACCACUGGCACAAGCACAAGCAGGAUUACUCCUGCUGGCAAGGCCGGGCAGGGUUCCUAUCAGCGCACAAGCGCACAGUUGA